AUGCAAGUGGUACCAAAUAUUCUCGGCACCGUAAUCGUUUUUUCCACCCUUUGUAUCCUCUUCUACUUUAUACCAGGGUUAAUAGUCAAUUAUGAAUGGCGCGGAGAACAGUCUUCCAACGAGAAGGACAAGACAGCAUCGUACGAGCUGAAGCGUUUGCGCGAGGAAUAUGUCGGAAGAGCCCAACGUGCUUUUAAAAGCGUUCGUCACAGUCAAGAGGAAGUACGCAGUACGCAGUUUUUAUUGAAUUCAAAGACACUACCGCUCUACGAAACUGUUGUAAACGAAAAUAAAUGGGCAGAUGUUUCCGGUAACGGUCGAGUGGAAAUCAACUUCAAUAAUGUUUUAAUGCUUUUCGCUUCGUACGCACUUACAACAGGUCAUGAGAACGUUCGAAUACAAAGUAUGGUGUCUAAGGCGGUUCUUGUUGUUUCGUCGUUUCUUGCAACAGUGGCUCUCUCAAUCGUUAUCGGAGCAAUGGCCCAGCUUCAUACUGUAAUAAAACAUUCGCUGAAGAUACCAGUGUCAGUAAAGGCAAUCUCUCUUAUUAACCUUCAUCUAUGUCGAAUUAACUCUGAGAUUUGUACGCAGGCGGUUGAUUGGAUACUCCGAAUCAACAAGUCAGAAAGGAAUCCGAACAAACUGAACUACAACUUUAUGAUGGAUGUGGUUAAACGGGAGGCUAUCCUACUUCUUAUAACAUUUGUGAUUGCAUCAGGUGGUAUCGUUGCAGGUGCGGCUAUCAUGAAACAUGACCAGAAGGAUUGGUCUUGGAGCAUGGCUCUGGUAUACGCGCAAGCAGCUGCAUUCACUUCAGGCCAUACAAAAUACAUCCCGGACCCCAUCGAAGAAAACUCGUGUACUCUGACUUAUGUCCUCUUCCUCCUUUCUCUGCACGUGUGGAUGAUAACCUUGCUAGCUAUGUUUCUGGGGUGUGUUAUUUCGCUUCUCAGAAGCUAUUACAAUGCCCAGUGGGCUGAAGUCAGCGAGGAAGAGUUUGAGCAACUGGAGAAAAUGAUAGAGGAACGUAGGAAACAACGACAGAUGGAUAACCCGAAGUACGAAGAGUAG